GACCUGACCUCCCAGCACAUAACCCACAGUCUGCCUCUGUCUCUUGAAAGAAUCACCUUCUGCCCCUUGUCAAGUUUCUUUCUCUCUGUCUCUCUUUUCUCUCCCUGCCAGACUCAGUUCAGGAAUCACCAUGGCACCUAAGAAACCAGAACCAAAGAAAGAAGAGCCUAAAAAGGUGGAUCCCCCUAAACCUCCAGAGCCUCAACCUCCAAAGGAGCCAGCGUUUGAUCCUUCAUCUGUUGUAAUUGAAUUUAGCAAUGAACAGAUUGAAGAGUUUAAGGAGGCUUUUGCACUCUUUGACAGGACUCCAACAGGUGAGAAGAAAAUAACUUACGGCCAGUGUGGUGAUGUAAUGCGUGCACUGGGGCAGAAUCCAACCAAUGCUGAGGUCCUAAAAGUCCUUGGUAGACCAAAACCUGAAGAAAUGAACUUAAAAAUGAUGGACUUCGAGACUUUCUUGCCAAUGUUACAGCACAUCUCAAAGUCCAAAGAAAGGGGGACAUAUGAAGACUUUGUUGAAGGCUUGAGAGUGUUUGACAAAGAAGGCAAUGGAACAGUAAUGGGGGCCGAAUUGCGACACGUCUUAGCAACUUUGGGUGAGCGGUUGAGUGAAGAAGAAGUUGAGAAACUCAUGGCUGGUCAUGAAGAUGCAAAUGGAUGCAUCAAUUAUGAAGCUUUCGUGAAACACAUCUUGGCUGGCUAAAUAAAAUAAAGAUUACCUGCUCAUGCAAGAACAUCACUUAUUACAGACUGAAUGAAGAUUUCCUUUUUUUCAAGAAAGAGACUGGCCAUUUACUAUGAUACAAUAUAUGUUUUUGGAAAUAAGUGCAGCACUGUACAAUAUUAAAUUAUGCUGAAUAAAUAACUAUUUAAUAUGC